AUGGGGUACAUGUACAAGGUGUUUCUGAAGGGCAAGGGCAUAUACGGCUGCUCACACUGUGGCACGCACUUUGUCGAGAAGGAGAAGAUCCGGUCAAAGGACUACACAGGCCAGCACGGUCGCGCCAUCCUGUUUGACAAGCUGGUGAACGUUGUCGCUGGUGACGAGGACGAGCGCAAAAUGACAACCGGCGUGCAUGUCGUCCAGGACAUCACCUGCAUGGAGUGCGAACAGUAUGUCGGCUGGACCUACGUCAAAGCGUACUCGCCAGACCAAAAGUUCAAGGAAGGGAAGUUCAUUCUGGAGAGGGCGCGCAUUGUCGACGUAGCCCGAGAUUGGAAGUACUAA